UAAUAAUAAAGUGAAUCGUUGACAAAUAAAAAUCUCUCCAACAUUCUACAAUGAUCUCUUUAUCUAACUCCAGAAAUUUCAAGAACACUCUUUCCUAUCAAAACCCUACAGUAUAUAUAACAUCUAAAGUCUAACAUCAUACAGCACAACAUAGAAAAUGUCUCUGCUUCAAGUCUUAAACCAAAGCAACAUCUUUGAUCCUUCCCAAGGUUUAUUGUGGGCGCCUCCGAUGGAUUGGAAAGAAACUCCCGACUCCCAUGUGUUCGAGAUCGAUCUUCCCGGGUUCAAAAAGGAGGACGUGAAGCUACAAAUCCAUCAAGGAAGUGUUGUUUGUAUCAGUGCGGAAAGAAAAGAAGAUGACGAGGAAGAGGAGAAAGGAGGGAAGUGGCGGUGGCAUUGUAGAGAAAGAUGGAGUGGUGGUGGCAACUUUUACAGGCAAUUCCGUGUGCCCCCAAAUGGGAAAGCUGAUGAGAUGAAGGCUUCAAUGCGUGAUGGUGUGCUUGUUCUCGUAAUACCUAAAAUCAAUGAUGAAGUAAACGUAAAGGGUAAAGAGGAGAGGAAGAAGAUGGAGAUUGAGAUAUCAGAAACUCAACCUUCUAAAGGACUUGGUCGUUUCUUAUGCUGCAAAGCUUGAACAGGUUGGGAAUAUGUUCUAUUGUACUGUGUGUUUGCCUUGUAAAUUAUUUUUUCAACAAAUUAAUUUGAUUUAGUGAUAAUAAUAAUAAAGUAGUAGGUGUGUAAUUAAAGACUAUUAGAGUCUGUAAAAAGUUGGCUUGAUUUUCAGCUCAAUUGUAAGGUUUCAGGUUUCACUUCACAUCUUGAUGAAAAUUUAUUUUCAUUUUUAGUUUAGUUUCAGAUAAUAA